AUGUAUUUCAUUGCAAUGACAGUCGCACCAUCUUAUCCACUUUUAGCGGAGUGUCGCACGUGCCGGUACAACUGUGGCAGGAACUUGGGAUACUGCUCCUGCACAAGCUCCUGUCAGUACUAUGGCAACUGUUGCCAUGACUACCAGAGUCGCACGUGCCGGUACAACUGUGGCAGGGACUUGGGAUACUGCUCCUGCACAAGCUCCUGUCAGUACUAUGGCAACUGUUGCUAUGACUACUACCACCAAUGCCCAUCAACAAGUACCGUGCCAGCCACAGCGGAACCCUGUGGAAGGCAACUGAUUGGCUCUGGAACGUUCUCCAGCCCGAACCAUCCCAACUACUACCCCGAUGGGGCCAACUGCGUCUGGCAGAUCAAAACCACACAUGACCAACGAAUUCUCCUGAAAUUCACUUUCCUGCAAUUGGAGAGCUGCUGCUCAUGUGACUAUAUUCAAAUCUACGAUGGGCCAUCGGUUAAUUCUCGAUAUCUGGGGAAAGUGUGCAACAACACUCUGAACUCGUUCUACUCCACGUCCAACUACAUGACCGUGGCCUUCAGAAGUGAUGGCUCCGUGGUUGGUCGAGGGUUCAAAGCCGACUUCAUAAGCUCUCUGCCAAGCAGUGCAGGUCGAGUGGAAUGUUCUGCAAGCAGCAUGAACAUUGUGCUGGAGAGGUCUUACCUGAAUUCUCUCGGCUUCUAUGGCCACAAUCUGACCCUGGAAGACGGACGAUGCAGACCACAGGUUUCCAGCUACCAGGUGUCCUUCCGUUACCCCAUCAACGCUUGUGGCAACACUCGAGAGUUCACGGACGGCACAGCUACGUACAACAACUUUGUCACUUCCUUCACCUCCGAGACAGGAGAGAUCACUCGCCAGUCCUUCUUGAAGCUGAAGGUGGCCUGCAGAAUGGAGAAGGAGUCAGUGUCCCAGAUUAUGUACCUGGUGGAGCACAAUCAAAACAGUACCAUUAUAGGCUCAGGCAGCUUCAACACCAGCAUGAAAUUCUACACGUCCUCAGGCUUCUACUCCGAGGUGACUGAAUUUCCAUAUGAGGUGACGCUCAACCAAUACAUGUACGUCCAAGUGAGCCAGACAGUGUACGACAGCAGCCUGGUCCUCUUUCUUGACACCUGUGUGGCCUCGCCAUCUCCCAAUGAUUUCCAGACCAGAGCUUACUACCUGGUCCGUAACGGGUGUCCUAUGGACAACACCUACCGGGUUUAUAACAGCGGAACCAACCCCUACGCCCGUUUCGCAUUUCAGGCCUUCCAGUUCCUGAGAGGCUCAGACUCAGUGUACAUCCAGUGCAAGGUCCUGGUAUGCCAGGCCCAGGACUACAACUCCCGCUGCCGCCGUGGCUGCAUGGCGCGUACGGCCAGAGACCUGGGGUCAGAGCAUCACAGCCAAACCAUGGUCCUGGGUCCCAUCAAACUCCAAGACCCUGUGAGAAACGAAGAGGGAACUCAAAAGCAGGAGAAGGUUUAACCUCUCCAGCCUGUUCAUGGUGACGGUCAUAUCUAUUUUCUUUC